AUGGUUUUCACACCUCCUUCAUGGGUACCUCCUAUGCUUGAUCCUCCGGAUACGAUCUCUGUUCCGGACUUCGUGAAAUCUGAGUUAUAUGGGAGGUAUUCGGUCAAUGGCUCCCGCCCAAUGUUCACAUGCGGCAUCACUGGCACAUCUUACACAGCUUCAGAGGCGUUUCGGAGAACAGACUUUCUUUCGAGGGGGCUGAGAAAGGCCCUGAGAUGGAAUGUCAAUGAAGGGACUGAAUGGGAUCGGGUUGUUGCUAUUUUUUCUUAUAACACGGUUGACUACAUUCUUGCCGGUCAUGCCGUUCACAAGCUCUCUGGCAUCGUGACACCAGCCAGUUUCACUCAUUCGCCUCAAGAGCUACAAUAUCAGCUCCGCCUUUCUGGUUCCAAGGCUAUAUUUACAUGCAUUCCGCUUUUGGAAACAGCACUGCAAGCCGCAAGUGCCGUGGGCAUCCCCAGCCAGCACGUCUUUAUCCUUCCCCUUCCCGGGGCCAAAGCAGAUGUACCACAUAUCACCGUUGAGGAAUUGAUUAAUCAAGGUCAAACCCUUCCGGACAUAGCUAGUCCACCUUGGGUCAAAGGUCAAGGCUCUCGCCAGACCGCAUAUCUCUGCUUCUCUAGCGGCACCUCUGGGCUACCAAAAGCUGUCAUGGUUUCUCAUCGAAACGUCAUCGCCAACACACUUCAAACAGCAACCUUUGACAGGGUCGGACGAGGAGCGAGCAAAGUAACGACUCAAGUCGCUGCUGGAAUUCUCCCAUUUAGCCACAUCUUUGGUCUCGUCAAUAUUGCCCAUGUUGCCAUGUACCGGGGAGAUGAGCUUGUCGUACUUCCGCGAUUUGAUUUCGCUCAGCUGUUGAAAACCGUGGAGAAAUUCAAAAUUGAACAACUAAGCAUUGUCCCUCCCAUUUUAAUUCAAAUCAUAUCUAGGCAGGACGAGUGCCGCAGAUAUGACCUCAGUAGCGUGCGACAUGUUUUUACUGGAGCUGCUCCCCUGGGGAGUGAGACUAUGGAUAGAAUUCAAACGUUGUAUCCAAAUUGGAAGCUGGGCCAAGGAUAUGGUCUCACAGAAGCAUCGCCCAGCGUCUUGUCUACUAGUGAGCAUGACCCGUUACCGGGUUCGGCUGGCUCUCUUCUCCCAUACACCAAAGCAAAACUCAUCAGCCUUGAGGGUAAUGAAGUCACUAAAUACGAGACACGAGGAGAGCUUCUUAUCCAAUCUCCCUCAAUAACGCUUGGCUAUCUAAACGAUGAGAAAGAAAAUUCCCGAACCUUUGUUUGGCACAAUGAUGGGCGGUGGUUGAAGACCGGCGAUGAAGUUAUUGUUCGAAAAUCAGCUCUAGGCUAUGAACACUUUGUAGUGGUGGACAGAAUUAAAGAGCUGAUCAAAGUCAAGGGUCAUCAAGUAGCUCCAGCUGAGCUGGAAGCGCAUAUCUUGGAUCAUCCAUAUGUGUCUGAUUGUGCCAUCAUUGGCGUUCGGGACGAAAGAUCCGGUGAAGUACCGAAGGCUUUUAUCGUCAAGUCCGCAGAUCUACAAAAGUCCAUAAUCUCAGAUGACGAUGCUCGCAAGGCUAUUCACAAGCAUGUCGAAGAGCAUAAAGCGAGACACAAGUGGCUUAGGGGAGGAAUUGAGUUUGUUGAACUUAUUCCGAAGAGCCCAAGUGGCAAAAUACUGAGGAGAUUGAUACGAGAUGCAGAAGCGAAGAAGCAAAGGCCGCCACAGACAAAGCUGUGA